AUGCAGGUAAAAAUGUUGGCAGAAGCAUGGGAAUAUACAUUAAACGAUCAAUUUCUGCACUGCCUACCCUUACAUCAUGUUCAUGGGCUUUUCAAUGCUUUGUUUGCUCCUAUUUAUGUUGGUUUAAUAGUCGAGUUUAUGCCAAAAUUCAGUGAGAGGGGAAUCUGGCAGAGAUGGCGUGAAUCAUAUCCAGUAAAUGGGAGGAAGACUAAUGAUGCUAUAACUGUGUUUGCAGGAGUUCCUCCUAUGUAUACCCGACUAUUAGAAGGUUAUGAAUCAAUGGAUAUGGAGCUGCAGUUUGCUUCUGCCUUUGCUGCAAAACAGUUGCACCUUAUGAUGUGUGGCUCAUUUGCAGUUCCUUAGCCUGUUAUGCAAUAGUGGGAAACUAUCACAGGACAUAGGCUUUUGGAAUGGUAUGGCAUGACAGAGUUCAUCAAUGCAAUAUCAAAUCGCAUAAGAGGUGCACGAAAGGCAGACAUUGUUGGCAAACCAUUCCCCGGAGUGGAGGUCAAGAUUGUAGAAGAUGAGAGAGAAGCUGAUAAAAGUGGGGUGGGUGAGCUCUAUGUUAGAAGCCCAUCACUAUUUAGGGAAUACUACAGACUUCCUGAAGUAACUAAGGAAUCAUUUACUCGUGAUGGGUUCUUCAAGACUGGAGAUGCUGGUCGAGUGGAUGAAGAUGGAUACUACAUCAUUUUGGGAUCUACUUCUGUGGACAUUAUGAAGGUUGGUGGAUACAAAUUAGAUGCCUUAGAAAUUGAAUCUGCUCUUCUAGAGCAUUCAGUUGUUGAAGAAUGUUGUGUGUUGGGCUUACCAGACAACGAUUAUGGAGAAGCAGUGACUGCAAUAAUUGUACCAGAUGCAUCAGCAAAGAAAAAGCGAGAGGAAGAAUUAAAGUCUGCUAUAACCUUGGAAGAACUUUGCAUUUGGUCUAAAGACAAACUUGCACCAUACAAGCUACCAACCCGUUUGUUGAUUUGGGACUCAUUGCCUUGCAAUGGUAAUGGAAAGGUGAACAAGAAGGAGGUGAAGAAGUCGUUGACUGCUCAAUAAUUGACUAUUUAUUAGAUGGGAUGCAAAACAUUCAACUCUUGUGAUCUUGAAGUUCAAAAUGAAGGUAGGGAAUCUUUGCUGCUUUCAUUCUAUAUUUUCUUGCGCCAAUUGUUGGAAACAUCAAUAGAUAAAGAGAGUAU